UCACGGAAGUUACCGAUGAUUCAGAAAUCAAAUAAUCUGAUUGGUUAUUGCGUUUUUGUGUUUAAAUCAACAACCGGGAAGGUGAAGUUUGCUCUACUAAACGAAAUUUCUAUGCAAUACUGACAAUAAAACAAGCGUAAUGAAACGGAAAAUGGAUUCCAAGUUGAGCCUGAUGGCAGCCUUUGACGAGCUGAUGAGAAAUGCAAAGGUUCUAACAGCUGGAAUAGAGCCAGAAUUUAAAAUGUUUGUGGAGAACCAGCAGUCUUGUAGAAGACAAUGGGCCACUUCAGAGGAUGAACUACAUCGUGUUAGAGGGAAAAUGAUCACACUGGAAUCGGACAACAAGGCACUUGAUGCUAAACUAAAACAUGCCAGAAAUCUGAUAGAGAAGGAAGAGCAGAAAAGACUGAAAGUUGAACAUGAUAAAGAACAACUGGAGCGCCAGAUUGCAUUGAUCCGUGAGUUACUGAUGGAUAGUAAGCAUGGCAGCAAACUUGACCAGCAUGAUCGUGAAAGACUUGCAUUCCUCAGUACCACAGCUCAGAGAUCAACAUAUGAAGAUUCACCACCUAAAAGGUUGUCCAGGAUCAAUGAGUCAAACCACUCUGUCCUGUCUGAUGAAGAUAUAGAUUACUGGGAUAAGACAGAGGAGGAUCUAGAACCACCUUGUGGAGGUCGCCGACAACGUAGCAAACGUAACAAGAGACCUUCAGCUCCACCCCGGGAAGACUUGAAUGAGACACCACCAAAACGACAUAAAACCGUGACUGAGGAGAGUGAAGUUGUGACAACAACAACCAUUACAGUGACAGCAGAUGGCCGGCCAAUUGAAGCGACAACAGAGGUGUCGGUGCCAAGUGCUGGCCGAAAGUUGAACAAAAGCUUCAGUGAACCUGCUUUAGACAAACAUAUGGUUGAGAGUGAAACAGAAUCAGAUGCUGACCCAUGGACACCACGAAAUAUGAACACAAAUGCCAGCAAGAGCACACUGAGAGGAACACCUACGACACCGAUGUUAAGGAAAGCCCACUCUGCCAGUAAAGGUUUGAACAGGAUUCACUUUUUCAUCUCGGAAACAGUGAUUAGACCAAGGACAUGUGUACCGUGUGGAAAAAGAAUUGGCUUUGGAAGGUUGGCAAUGAAAUGUAAAGAUUGUAGGUCUGUAUGCCAUCCAGACUGCAAGGAUAACCUGCCCCUCCCAUGUAUAUCUGCCCCACCCACUCCAGGCACCGGAAAAAUCCAAGGGGGAAUUCUGUCCGAUUAUUGCAGAGAUGAAUGUCCAAUGAUUCCAGGAAUUGUGAUCCACUGUGUGAAUGAGAUAGAGGCUAGAGGAUUGAAUGAAGUUGGAAUCUAUAGAGUUCCUGGGUCUGACAGACAAGUUAAAGAACUAAAGGAGAAAUUUUUCAAGGGAAAAGGAAUGCCUAACCUGUCAAAUAUUGAUGAUAUCCAUGUGAUAUGUGGAUGUUUAAAGGAUUUCCUGCGUGGUUUGAAGGAACCAUUGGUUACAUUCAGAUUGUGGAGAGACUUUGUCAAAGCAGCAGAGAAUCGGGACAAGGCAAUGGCAGAAUCGGACAUGUACCAGGCUUUGAGUGAGCUGCCAAGGGCCAACAGAGAUACAAUAGCAUUUAUUAUGCUGCAUUUACUCAGAGUGUCACAAACCCCAGACUGUAAGAUGCCUGCCAACAACCUGUCACGGGUAUUUGGACCCACUAUUGUAGGUCACUCUUCACCUGAACCUGAGCCUAUGCAGCUUAUCAAUGAGACAAAAUACCAGGCCAUGGUGAUGGACCGCCUGUUUGAGAUACCGGAAGAUUAUUGGAUCAACUUCAUCAGUGAUGAGGCUGAAAAUAUGUACCAAGAUGUAAACACCCCACAGACACCAGAGGUUACCAGAGGAUUAUUGGAAAGCAGACUAGGGCCAGUACAUACUCCAGGAUCAGGCUACGAGAGAAGCAGGACCUGGAAUGCUAGAACACCAAGAGAGGAAAAACGUAAACUUAUGCCGCCCCUGAAAGAAUUGAGACGUUCUAUGAGCGAAAGUUCUGUAUAGAGGAUUGGUAACAGAACUGGAAAUAUUACCAAGAAACCAAGCCAUUUCUUUGCCUCUCCGACUGUAGACUGAGGGACACACUUCCAUUAAUCAACAUGAAACAUUGUGUUUAUAUUUGAUCAUAAAUCAUGAUGAAAAGAAAAAGUUAAUUUUGAAGGAAAUAAUUUGUGUUUAAGGUCGUGAUUAACUAAUUGUUUCUUGUGUGAUGGAUUAGGAGAUAUACUUUUUAGCUCAACUAUUCAAUGUGUACAUGUUUAUGUCAAUACAGGUCUAGUUAAAAACCAUAAUUUGAAGCAAGCUUUUUUUAGUGAAAAAGAUACAAAGUUAACACAGCAUGUGUUCAGCAUGUAAAUACACAUUUAUUGUGAAUAGACAUGUAUCUGUAUAAUAUAGGUAUGAAAUUAGUAUAUUCGUAUUACAUUCUGUAGUAAUUUAUAUUGCUUGGUCUGUAAGUGAUGUAUGUGUUAUAAAAUUAAUUAUAAUAUAAAAGACCUUGUUUAUUUUCAUUAAAACAUGGUGAUAUUGACAUCAUGUUGAUACAUUAUACUGAGAAACAGUCAAGGGUGUUACUUUAGUAAUUUCUAGAUUACUUCCAAGUAAUUUCCAUUCUGAGGUCAAAUUAAAUAAUAACUUUUACUAGAUAUAUUCAUAAAUAUGGUCAGUCAGAUGUCAAUUUUAAUCCGCUUUAUUUAUUUCACUUUUUUUUCAGGCAGCUCGUAGCUUUUUCCAUGUAGCUUAAAGACUGAUCAUUUAAAGUGUCAGUUGCUGUCUUGAGGCUUUAAUAAAGUCCAUACCAUUUUGCUUCAAAGAUUGAUCAUUUCCAUAUUUUAGAUUAAUUAGAUUACAUCAUUAAAAGGUGGAAAUACAACUACAGAAUAUUAUAACUGCUAUUGGCUAACCAUAUCUAGAUAAGUAAGAUGUGUAUCAACAUAUCAGUGUAAAUAUAAGAAUGAGAAAGCUACAAGAUGAAUGAAAGGUAUUUUGUAAAAGUCAAUUGGUAUAUAAUGUCAUUAAAUUUUUGAGACAAAGUUAGUUUUGUGUAAAUGUCAGCAUUUCUGUCAAAGUCAAGGUGACAACAUACUUUAAACCUUAGUAUAUAAGUCUCCUGUCAGGGGGCAUCAUAUGGGGUAUAUAUGAUUUGCAUACAGCUCUAUUUAAUUUUUGUAUACAAUUUCUUAUAGAUACAAUAUCUUAUGCAGUUUUGAUCACUACGCCAUCUGUUUUCAAAAAUCAAGAAAUUGGCUGGAUAUUUUGUAUUAUCAGUUCAGCUUUCUGUUUGUAUGAAGUUGUAUGGGGAGACGUGUUGCUUUUACCAAAAGCAUUCUCUUAAUAUUAUUAAAUAUGGUUGAUGUCCUAUCUAUCUGACACCAUUCGUGCACUGAGAAUUAGUUAUUUGAGCCGCUUUUUUGCAUAGAAGACAUACUAGAAAAAAAAACCCAAAAAACAUAGCGAACCAUGUUAUAAGACACAUUAUUACUUCAGAUUGGUUAUAAUGUCAUGUAAAGUUUUCAUGCUUCUAUAUUAAAAAAAAAAAAAACCCUGUUGAUUAGGAUAUUCUUUCUAUGUGGGCAUCUUCUAAGAACUUGCCAUGUGGGAUGUACUAAACUGCUGUACUAUAGUCAUUAGCAUCAGCUAAAUAUUUUCACAAAGAUGUAGUCACAGGGCUUGCUACAAGUAAAUAUACACAUGGUUUUAAACAGCAAAUUAGGUAUUUUCAAGUUUUUUUAGCUCACCUGGACAAAAGGUUCAGGGUGAGUUAUUACUAUAUGUGGAUGGUCCUGUGUACAUCAUCCAUUGCCCACAAUUUACAAAACAUCUCUAACACUGCUGGUCAGAAUUACAACAGUUUAGGUCUUUAUUGGCAUUUGGCACCUUUUAGGGGCUGCUUAAGCUAAAUAUAGAAAAACAAUUUCUUGUUGUGACUUGCUAGAUGGAUCUUCAUCAAACUUGGUCUUAAGUAUCAUUGUUUAGUUCCAAUCCUGAUUGAUUUAAUGGGUGCACUUGGCCCCUAUUGGGGGCAGCUAGAGCUAAAAAGCAGAAAAACUUCUGCUCAUGAUCCACUUGAUGGAUCUUUGUCUUGACACUUUACCUGUUUUAUGUUUUUGUUUCUUAGACUAAACACAGCUGAUAUCAUUCAUUGUUAGUGUGUCAUACAUAUAUUCAAGGUCAAAUAGUCAAUUCCAGAUUAGCGACUCAAGGCUCUCGUGUAUUUAAAUUUGGUUGAAAUUGCAGUGUUCAGAAUUUUGACAACUCUGCUUCUUGUAACAGCCAAUAAAAAACCUUACAUGUAGCCAGUGGGGGAAUCACAUGAUCAAAAUAAUCUAUAAAACAAAGUUAUAUUUUUAAGAACAUAAAUUUCCUACCAUGAUAAGAUAUGCUAUUUAAACAUAGCCUAACAUAUGACUAAUGAAAGUGGUUAAAAUAUUAUGUAGCUGACAAUAAUGAUAGAUGUCCUGUAAUUAAAAACACUAGGGAAAAUAAGAAGUCUCAGUUUCUUGAAGUGUUCCAGACAAUCAGAAGGUGAUUGUGAUUGAAAUCUAUGUAGUUUUAGGAUAAACUUUAAACAAUGGCUCAAAUGAUGGUCAAAAGCAAGUCUGAAUGAAAUGAAGAUUAAGACGCAAGAACAUUGAAGCAUAUAGAUCCAAGUUUGUCUGAAGACAAUGCACAUACCUGUAUUAUAAAUACCUUACCCAACCCACUUUCAUACAAAUGCUGAUAGUUUGAAUAGGAAAAACAGAAACAAGAAAAUAACAUGAAUAGUUGCAUCAGACCUCUUUACUACCACAGAUUGAAAUGUUACCAAUUAAAUUUAAUUUCGUUUUUCAAAGAUGUAUAUCCAACAAUGGUACAGUAGACAAGUGCAGCCACAUAUAGAUUAUUGGGCUGAAUAUCAGUUUAUUUUUUCAGUUUUGAAAAUUGUACAAAGUUUAUAUUUCAGUAGUUUAUGUAACAAAUGAUAAAGGCCUUUGAGUGGUUUAUUGUCUAAUUUACCACGGUUCAGAGUUCAGAAGCAUAGGAUUGAUUCACAAGGGCAUUAGUCUGAGUGGUUAAAUACUGAAACAUCUGAAUGAUGAACCAUGGUAAAUUAGACGAUAAAUCACAAGAAAGCCUUGAUUGUUUUCAUUCUGACAUGUUCACUGAUAUAUUUUGAUAAAUAUUAUGUUGAACUUCAUUUACCCCGAGGAGUAAUAUAUCGGAAGUCAUGUGGAAAUUUGAUGUCAUUAUGCUCUCUUAUCGGUCUGCACGUCAACUGUUGUUUAUCGCAGAAUAUACAGAGCUUCAUUUCCUUCUUUGUUUCACUUGAAAUCAAAUAGAGUUUUUAAUAUGUAUUGCUUGUAAUACAAGUAAAAGAACUAAAAAUAUUAAAGAAAUACUAAAAUUUACUUACUUCAUUUUGAUGAACACCAGAGUGAAAUUAUUUUGAAAGUAUUUAGAGUAAGUACAGUCAAAAAUUUUGAGAAAUCGCUUUCAGCAAAAAUGAACAUAUUGAAUUCUUUCAUCGUAAAGGUUGUGGCUUAAGAUAAUUUUGCCUUUAAAUUAUGGAAAGCAUGCAUAUAACCAGAUGUUGCCAAGCAUAUAGCAACAAUAAAAAAAAACAAGUUUUUGUGUGUGUGUUUUUCUGAAAAGAAAUAAAAAGUGAUAAAUCUAUGAACAACUUUUAAUUGGUGGAGGCCAUGUUUUUAUCAUGUAAAGAGUGAAAACAGUCCUGAAAUUGCAGAGAUGUUUUGCUGUAAUUUUUUUGAUUUUAAUGAAAAACUGUCUUAAGUAUUUUAAAAUAUUUUUGUUUUCAUCUGUUUUAUUCUUUCUAUCAUUCUUACCUUUGAUAAAAUAAAAGUAUUUUUACAUGAAACCAA